AUGGGGGACACCAGUGCCACCCGAAGCAUCGCCCCAGCCCGGUCCCCCCCGGAGGCGGCAGAGCUUCCUCCCCCGCCGGGGCCCCUUCCCCGCCGGCCAACACCGCUGCCUGCCGGGGCCGGGCAGGGGCUGCCUGCGGCACAGCACGGCACAGCGCGGCCUGGCGCGGCGCGACUGCUGCCUGCAAGCACCCCCCACUUCCCAGGACAUGGUGGGGGACCCCGACCCCCCCAUGCCACUGUCCCCAGGGUGACAGCUUCGCAGUGCUAG